CCUGUGUGUUUGUGCUAGCAGAAUAGCGCUAUUUGAAGUAGCACAAUGAUGUUAAUGGCAUUCGUUCUCAUUUCUGUGCUCACAACAGCAUUCACAUCCGAUAUUGCUCUCACACCAGAAAUACAGGCUGCUAUCGACAAAUCUAUAUCUACAAAAAUCAAGGAUCUAGCGGAAGAAAGGGCGAGAGAUGUCAAACAACUGAUGGAUCGUGUUAAGGAAGUAGAACAGUUGCAUACCAAAGACGUGGAGAUACUUGUCAAGCGUUUACAGGAAGUAGAAGAUAAACGCGCUAAUGAUGCACGAUUGUUCAACAACCGUAUACAGGAAAUGAACAAGCAUCGUACAAAAGAUAUACAAGUAUUGUCUCAAACACUUCAGGAAAUGGCGGAUAGGUGCACCAGCAGAGACAAUGGGGUAACUUCAAAACGUGUAACACAAGAUGUUGAUAAAUAUGCUAAAGAUAUCGCGAUCCUAUCGAAUCGGUUAACGGAAAUGCUCUCCAAAGGCGACGCCGACAUUAUUACCAACCGCAAAGCAGAAGGUCGGUAUAACACUGCAGAGGGAUCACGGAAAAUCGCAAUAUCUAAUCACAGUUGGAAGCUUAAAAGUGAACACGAUGGUAUCACACUUGAAGAAAUCUCGAAAAGACUGAAAAAAGAAGACAAUGAAUUCACUAAUGAUGUGCUUUAUGAUUCAGAUAAAAGUCAAAUAGCUAUUGACGUCGGUGUCGGUCGACCAAAGCUUGCUUCUCCUGAUAGACAUCAACGUGUAGUUCCUCCAGAAAGUGGCGUUGCCUUCCAUGCAAUUUUAAACAAAGAAGUGGUCAAUCCUACCCAGGGACAUAUCAUACAAUUCCAGGACAUCAAAACAAACAUCGGUAACAACUACCAUCCUACAACCGGGGUGUUUACGUGUUCACGACCAGGGAUUUACGUGUUUUCCUGGAGUUUAAGAGUCAACUACGGUCCUGCACAUGGAAUUAACUCAGAAAUCGUCCGUAAUGGAGUCGGAUUCGGGAGAAGUUCAGUUGGAAGCGGGGGCAGUGACGAUAAGUUUUCUCAGGGCUCAUCCACUGCCGCGAUUCAGCUAGAUCAGGGGGAUGAGGUAUGGGUCAGAGUUCAUUCCCUUUUUUCGGGAACAAACAUAGAGCCUACCUACUCGAUGUUCACCGGCUUUCUCGUACACGAAGCGAGUAACUAAUAAAUAAAUGUUGUACAUUGUGAUGUAAUAAAGAUAUUCCAAUUAAAGUCCAAAUAUAUCA